AUGGAGAACUCGGGCGUCACGCACCAGUACGGCGCAAUCUCCUUGGCCCAGAGGGGAGGAGCGGCAUCUGGCGCCCUGAAGGCCUCCAGCGCUGGGCUGUCGUGGAAGCGGUCCAGUGGAGGGAAGGCGGUGGACGUCCCUCUCGCUGAUAUCAAGUCCCUGGCCUGGUCCCGGGGCCAGAAGCACAGCAUGCUCAGCGUGCAGCGCGUGGACGGCUCGUUCCUGGGCUUCACUGGCUUCCGCGACGGCGACGCCACGACCCUGGCCUCCGCACUUUCCCGGCCCGUGCCCGAGCAGGCGCAGGCCACGCUGGGGCACAACUGGGGCGACGCGGCGGCCGACGGCGCGGGCCUGACCUUCAGCGUCGGGGGCGGGCCGGCCUUUCGCCUGCCCCUCACCGACGUGGUCCAGGCCCAAGCUGUGCGCGAGGAGGUGAUGCUGGAGUUCCCCGCCGACGACGCGGCGGCGGGGGAGCACGUGGACGCGCUGACCGAGGUCUCCUUCUACCUGCCCAAGGCGCCGGCGCCGGCGGCCGCCGAGGCUGGGGAAGCAGGCGGGGACGAAGUCACGGAGGCCCCCUCCGCCGCGCGAGCGCUGCUCCAGGCGGUGCUGCCCUACACCGACGCGGGGGCGGCCACGGGCGACGCCAUUACCUCCUUCGACCAGGUGGCGGUCAUCGUGCCGCGCGGCCGCUUCGACGUGGAGAUGUACGCCUCCUCCCUCAAGCUGCUGGGCCAGGCCCAGGACUUCCGCGUGGCCUACGACACCAUCCUCCGCAUCUUCGUCCUGCCCAAGACCAACGUGCCCCAGACCCUGGUGGUCAUCUCCCUAGACCCGCCCAUCAGGCAAGAGGGGCUUGGGGUGAAGGGUCAGACCUUUUACCCGCACAUCCUGUGCCAGUUCCCCAGCGACGAGCAGGCCACCCUGGAGCUGGACAUCACUGACGAGGCGCUGGCAGCCAAGAACGAAAAGAACGGCGGGAAGCUGCAGCGAAGCUAUUCGGGCCCUGCCACCGACGUCUUUGCGCGCGUGCUGCGGGGGCUGUCGGGCUCCAAGCUCACGCGCCCGGGCGCCUUCCGCGACGCGGAGGGCUCGGGCUUUGCCGUCAAGUGCUCGUACAAGGCGGACGACGGAUACCUGUACCCGCUGGAGCGCGCCUUCUUCUACGUCCAGAAACCGCCCCUGCUCCUCGUCUUCGACGACGUGGACGCCGUCGAGUUCCUGCGCCCCGCCCAGGGCGUGACGGCGGCCAAGACCUUUGACCUGAGCGUCCGGCUGCGCAACAGCCAGGACUACCUGUUCCGGGGCAUCCCGCGCGGCGAGUGGACCAAUCUCUUCGAGUUUAUCCAGGCCAAGCAGCUGCGCAUCGAGAACUUCAAGGAGGCGCAGCAGGGCCCUGGAGCCACCGCGGUGUCCUAUGCCGCCCUGGGCGGUGCCCGCCCCAGUCGCACCGUAGUUGCGUUUCCCCGCCUCAGCUCCCGCUCAUCACCCCGCUCCCUCCUCAUGGGCAAGCAGGACGAGAAGCCCGCAAAGAAGGUCAAGGCCGCCGAGGAUGCCCCGGCCAAGAAGACCAAAGCUCAGUCCAAGGCUGAAGGCGGUGUGAAGAAGGCUCGCAAGAAGAAGGACAAGAAUGCGCCCAAGCGCGGCAUGUCUGCCUUCAUGUUCUUCUCCCAGGACCAGAGGGAGUCGGUGAAGGCCGACAACCCCGGCAUCGCCUUUGGCGAAGUAGGCAAGGUGCUGGGCCAGCGAUGGAAGGAGCUGUCAGAGGCGGACAAGAAGCCGUACGAAGAGAAGGCCGCCAAGGACAAGGAGCGGUAUGAGAAGGAGAAGUCGAGCUACGAGGGCGGAGCAAAGCAGGAGGACACCCCUGCCGCAGAGGCCGGCGGCGACGAUGAUGAUGACGACUCCGAGUGA